CAUUGUCCCAAUAUGCACAUCCCGUUCAUUUCAUUUCGAUUGAUGUGAAAAAUUUUGAUUUAUUUUGUUUUGAUCCAAGUAAAAGCAGAUAUAUUAAUUACUGGUACACCGUUAAAUGGCAUCUCCUGUAACAAAGAAAAAUGAAUACGAAAAGACUAAAACUAGAGUUCUUCUAAGGGAAGCUGUACCCAAGUACAGUUUUCAUGGAAAAAAACUGGAUAAGUUCAUUGAGGAAAAAAAAGGAAAGGAAGUCUCCAUAAAAAUAAAUCAAAGUGUUUCUGACCAAAAUGAAAAAUCAUUUCUGAAUACAAAAUUAGAUAAAUCUGCAAAACCUAGAGGAAAUGUGGUGCCAAGUAUAAGUGUAAAAUCAAAUUCUGUCAAGUCUGAAGAUGCAAAAUCUCCAGUUCCAAUCCCUUGUACAAGAGUCCAACCAAAUAUAGGCUCAGAUUCAUCAAAUGUUAAACCAGUGAAUGUAGUCAACCCAGCAAGUUCAGCUCUCAACUUUCUUCCGACAACAGAAAGUCCACUAGAACAAGCAAAACAGAAUGAAGUCAGACUUACCAAAGAGGUGGAUUCUCUGAAGUCUCAGUUAGAAGUACAGCUACAGGUAAAUUCAGAACUAAAAAGGCUUUUAUUAGCCUCCAUGGGUGCAGAUCUGGAAAGAAAUGUUGAAAGAUUGGCAAGAGACAAAGCACAGUUAUCAUUGGAACUAGGUGAUCAUAUGAAGAAAAUGACAGCCGAUUAUGAAAAUCUGGACAAGAUUUCAAUACAAGCUGAUAUGUGGCGUAGUAAAUUUCUUGCAAGCCGGGUUAUGAUAGAUGAAUUGGCCAAUGCCAAGGCUUUUUAUUCUCUACAAUAUCAAGAAUCUCAAGAUGCCUUACAGCAGAUGUUAAAUGAACGUCAUGAAAUCAGAACAAAUCUGCUUGAAGGAUACAGAUGCCUACAGCAAGUAAAGGAUGCGUUUGAUCCAUUGAAUACUCAUCAAUCAACUGUCUUGCCUUCAACAAAUAUAUUAGAUCUAGCAAAACGUGCACAACAGUUGGCAGAAAUUAUCCGCUACAGAUUACUUCCUGCAAGCGCCAAAGUUCAUUCUGUUGUAAAUGUGGAAGCAAACUGGCAAGACAGACUAACCCCAGCAGAGACAUUAGCACAUGAGGUAAUUUCUAAAAAUGUCAGCCCGAUAGACUACAAGUACAGCAUGCCUCAGUCUUUAUUGGGUUCUACAUGUGCAAAGGGUAACAUAGGACGCUACCAUCCACACACAGCUUAUGAUAACUUGACCUAUAACUGCUGUGCCAAAUGUAAAGGAGAAAUCUCAGUCCUCUAAAAGAUAAUUGGUGCAGGAGAAAAAUGUCACAACUCUACAAAACAAGAUAACCUCGCAUGUCAAAAUUCAAGAUCUAAUCAAUUUACAAAUAUAUUAUUUAUGGUUUUAAAAUUACUCUUUUAAUACAAUCUUUUAAUAUAUAAGACUGUGUAAAGGAAAGAAUAUGAAUUUUACUCACAUAUUAAUGUAUAUUUAUAUUAUCCAUUGAAAGGUGGUGGUAAAAAAAUUUGUAAAUGAAAUACAUAAUAUAAAUUUUAUUCACAUAUUAAUGUUUUUUUUAGCCUAGGUAUUAGGUAUUCCAUUAAAAGGUAUAGAAAAGGAAAGAAAACAAAAUAUUUAAUAAUCCAAAAUCAGACUUUGUUUAAAAUAUAUUUGCAAUGUUUUGUUGCUUGUCUGGUAAGGUAAAUGAAACAAGGUCUAAACUCCUCUAGUGAAAGUGAUGUAAAUACUCCAUACCCCCCAAUAUUCUGUGUACUUUAGUUAGUGUAACUGAUAAAAACGAAAGGAUUAGAUUAUCAUUUGGAGUGAAAAUCUUGAUUCACAUCAAGGUAAUUUCAAUCAUUUAACAGUUAUAUUAAGUUGAAAUAUGAUAUAUCUAUAUGCAUGCCUAUCUAACUAGUCAUAUUGUAAUUAUUUUAUGUUUAAUUUAAGAUGUAUAACCUGUUAUUUACUUCUAUUCCUCAUAAAUCACAUUUACUUCGUUUGAAAAAGUCGGUUUUCAUGUACCAUAUUUUUCGGGGUAUAAGUUGAUACAUUUUCCGCUUAAGUCUGGCCUUCAUACAGAUGAAGGUGAAAAAAUGACAUCUUGAAAAAAAAAUAAUUUCAGGAACCGUCACUCCACAAUGCCGUACACACUAUCGUCUAAAACAAAACUACUUUAAGUUACCCUAUUCCAAUUGAAAUAUUUGUAGACAUGGCCCCCUCCCCCCACCCCCUUCAAAAUAUUAUCAUCUACCCGAGAAUAUGCCAUCAAAAUAGAAUCUUUUCUCAGACAUUCGUCAAAAUUGUCAGGUUUCCAUUUCUCGUAAUUUCAUGUGUCUCGCGAGAUUUCUACUUUUAGUUUUCAGUUAAAUUAACCAAUCAUACUAUACUGCAUUGUUUUAUUCUAUUUUUAGUAAAGUACUUUAUUACCAUAUGCGAUUAGAAACGACGCCUGCAUUGUUUUAUAUUUAUCAGAUAUAUUGAAAUAAAAACUGGUUCAAAUAAACCAAGAACACAACUUGGAGUUAUAAUCAAGUUAGCCCUACAUUUAUAAAUUGAUUACUUUAUCGUAAUUAGACUAGGAUACCAGUCCUGAAACUUGAUAAUAGAUUGCUACUGUGGAGUUGAAACACAUUUGUCUUGUAUACUGCUUAGACUUUUAUAUGGAUGAAGGUCGGAAAACAGUAAAUUAUGACAAUUCGACUUAGACUCCACAUCGACUUGUACCCCUUAAAAUACGGUAAUUUAUUGAAGUUUAAGAUUAUUAGUUCAAAAAAGGUCUAAACCUUAUUUACAUGUAUGAGAAUAGGGGCCAUGAAAUGAUUUUAUUGCUCAUUUUUACAUGCCAACCUUUCAUGUUGGUAUAUUACUGUCAUCCCUGUCCUUCAGUCUCUGUUCACAAGUUUCGCCCCCCUGUGAAAAAAUUGUCGACCAUAGAUAUACAUUGUAUACAUUGUCCGUCAAUUUUACAGCACCUCUGAGAACACUCCUCUACAGGUGUGUUUGACUUCAUAGAAUUACUGUUGCUGAUGCUGAAACCUUGUAGAAACCCUACAGUUCAGUUUUUGAUAGAUUAUUUUCAAAAUUUGACUGGGAUUGUUCAGCUAGUCUUACGAAAGCUAUUACGCUUGUCACUGAUAAACCGGGUAAAAUUUCUAGAGGUCAAAGUUUUUGAUGAUUUUUUAGUCAGACUUGCUGAGAUUAUUUAGCUAAUCAUAAUAAGGAUCCCUAUCAUAAUUCAGAAUCACAUGCCCUUGAAACCUAUGUGAAAAUGCUCUUGGUGGGCGUGUAUGUGUUUCCUAGUAGCAUUAUAUUACACCUUAACAAUUUCUCAAAUUUGUAAUUCCCCCUCUGCCAAAAUAUAAAAUCCUCAAGAUAUUUUUUGGGACUAUGUUGGUGGGAUAUUUCAAAAGAGAACUACUGGUACAUUAUACCUGCCAACAUGUGAAUAGUAGCACAGGAGGACCACACCACACACAAACAAUUACACAAGACAAUAUACAUACACCACAAAUAACAAAACGCACAUAUCAGACCAAGUGAAUGGAUCCACGUUCUCUCUGUAACUGGAGUAAUAUUUGAGUUGACCCCCCACCCCCCUCCCCAUGGGCCUUUGCACAUGUUGGUCACACACUUACAUACAACCUUAUUUAACUUACUUAUAGUAACAUACGUUUACGCAAGUGUCAUGUUAGAGAGCUCAGUAAAGCUGUUACUUUGUUUUGUUGUUUAAAAAAAAGAAGGGAUUUUCCCUUAUGUAAAUAUGUGCACUUGUGUAAAUAUAAAGUAUGUAUAAUAUAUGGUAAAAAUGAAUAUGUACAUUUAUUAAAAUGUUUACAUAGAGCAGUGAUUGUAAAUAUGGAAUGAAUCUGAUGAAAUAAAACCAAUCUAUAUUUUUGUUAGCCUGAAAUAAAGGUAUACUUAUAA